AUGUAUGGCCAAUGUUCCCACAAUCACACCAAAGUUUUGGUUAAGGAAUUCGAACUAGGUGUUCUGUGGGAUGAAUAUGGCCUUGUUGGAGACAUUGUGCCAUUCACUAACUACUUUCCACAUGCUGACAUACACAAGCUCCUUUCCCCAGAGAUCUUACACCAGCUCAUCAAGGGAGCAUUCAAGGACCACCUAGUUCAGUGGGUGCAUGACUACAUUGAGGCUCAAUAUACAGAAGCCAAUGCGAACAGGAUACUGGACAACAUUGACCAUCGGUAA